AUGGAAGAAUUAAUACCCAUUGAUUUUAUUGAUUUAAAUUUUACCAUUGUGCAAGAAGGACCUUCAGAAAAACCUGAUAUAACUGAUCCAUUAAUUAUUGAACAAGUUAUUAAUGCAACUGGAAAAGGAAUAUUAGAUCCUGCAAUACCAACUAUUCAUCUUCGAAUAUCUGGUGAUGAGCAGAACAUAAGUGAAAAUUAUCCAACUCUAAAAAUUGCAGCAAAUGCUCUUACUCAGGAAUUGCAAGAACUGAGUAAUAUAGGAAUGAUUAUCAAUAAUACUCUUUGGAAUUUUGAUAAAUCAAUGAGUAGUUUAAACAAAAAUCCAACAGCAUAUCCUGGUCAUAAAUUACCUUCACUUUUCAAUAUGAUUUCACUUAAAAAUCAUGUUCCAGAUAAACUUCAUAUAAUGUUACGUAUUACUGACUGUUUAUGGGAGUUAGUUUUACAAGAAAUUAAAAAUGAGAGAUUAUUUAAUGACAUAACUCAGAAUAUUAUAAUUAAGGAGAUGGAAAAUUUAAAAAUCAGGUUUGAGUUUUGGAAUAUUCAUGAACGUGCCGUAUUAAUUAAAAAUUUGUGGGAUGGAUUUGCUGAAUUAUAUGAUCUUCUAGGAGAAAAAAAAACAGAUACACAAUAUUUUCGUUUAAAAGCAAAAGCAUGGUAUAAAUUAUUUUUGAAAAAAAUGAAAACUCUCAAGAAUAGCGGAAAAUUUCAAAAUAAAACAUUAGCAAUUUGUGAAAUUUUGGAAUAUGAAAACUGA